AUGGUAGCCCACUAUCCAUUAAGUCUUCAAUGGAUCGUCUUACCCAACAUUACUCAUUUUAGCCCCAUGUUCUACCUCACUGGCUUUCCUGGUUUGGAAACCAUCCAACACUGGAUUUUCAUCCCCUUUUUCUUCAUGUACCUGGUGGCCAUCUCAGGCAACUGUCUCAUUCUGGUUAUUAUUAAGACCAACCUUCGUCUGCACACACCCAUGUACCAUCUUCUGUCCUUGUUGGCUUUCACUGACCUGGGGCUAUCUGUGUCCACCUUGCCUACUACUCUGGGGAUCUUUUGGUUCAACUCCCAUCACAUCUACUUCGGAGCCUGUCAAGUCCAGAUGUUCUGCAUUCACUCGUUUUCCUUCAUGGAGUCGGCAGUUCUCCUGGUCAUGUCCUUUGACCGUUUUGUGGCCAUCUGCCACCCCCUGAGGUACUCAGUCAUUAUCACGGUCCAGCGAGUGAUGAGGACAAUCCUGUGUGUCAUCCUCCGGGGUCCUGUGACCCUUAUCCCGAUUGUUGUCCUCCUGAAAGCCUUUCCCUACUGUGGACAUCUGAUCCUCUCCCAUUCAUUUUGCCUCCACCAGGAAGUGAUACACCUGGCAUGCGUAGACACCACCUUCAACAACUUAUAUGGACUGAGCCUGGUGGUGUUCACUGUCAUGUUGGACUUGGUGCUCAUUGCACUGUCUUAUGGAUUCAUCCUGCACACCGUGGCAGGCCUGGCCUCUCAAGAGGAGCAGCGACGAGCCUUCCAGACAUGUACCUCCCAUCUGUGUGCUGUGCUGGUGUUCUUCGUGCCCAUGAUGGGGCUCUCCCUGGUACACCGCUUCGGGAAGCAUGCCCCACCUGCUGUCCACAUUCUUAUGGCCAACAUCUACCUGUUUGUGCCUCCCAUGCUUAACCCAAUCAUAUAUAGUAUUAAGACUAAAGAGAUCCGCCGUGCCCUCCUCAAGCUGCUAGGUCUUAAAAAAAAAGUUAAUUCCGAGUCCUGGAGUUGA